AUGCCGCGCGCAUGCAGUCGAUCUUGUGAUCGAUGCUACAGUAUCAAGGAGCGGUGUUCCUGGGUGGAAGGCUCGAGCCAGUGCAUGCGAUGCUCCCGCCUCGGCUUCACCUGCAGCAAGACCCGCCAGGCCAAAAAGCCCGGUCGACGCGUUCUGUCCGCCGCAGCACUGCAGACCAAUCGCCCAAACACCAGAAGCACCAGCGUACUGCCGAGAGCUUUUCCGUCGGCCGGGCAGAUCAACCUGAUCCACCACUGGAUGUCCAACUAUGAGACCUUUGACCGCUUUCUCCUGGGCCCCGCCUUCUGGCCGCGCCACUGCGCAGCGCUGAUGACGCAUCUGGAGCACUCGCAGUCCGUUCUCGAGCAUGCCUACCUGGCUUCCGUGCUCUCCGCGACAUACUCGGCGGAGAACAGCCGCCACACCAGCCAGCCUCCAGAUGGGCUGUCCACGGUCUACCGGCACGCCUCCUCCGCGCUGCGGAGCCUGCGCGAACUCCACGUCACGGAUCGCCAGCAAGCAUCCACGUGUCUCGUCCUGGGCACGAACAUCAUGCUCUUCGCCAUGUUCCAGCGACCCGAGAACGUCUUCACGCUGUGCCGGCAGACGCUGGUCCUGGUCCGCCCCGUGUACGACACCAUCGACGGGCCCGACCCGGAGGACUUCUUCUUCCUGACGGGUACGAUGAUGCUGGAGAUGGUGGGCAGUCUGAUCUAUGGGGCCGUGCCGGCGCUGAGGUUCCGCUCCCCGAAGUCUCCGGUAUAUGUGGAUCGCUACCUGGGGCUGUCCACAUCCCUCCUCCAGCUGCUUCACCGGGUCGGGGAGCUGAAUUCAUCACUCUCGGUUGCUGUCGGUCCCAAUGUCGCCGUCAACCCUAUGGCGUCGCGAGGCCUCGACGAACUGGAGUCGACAGUCCUCGCAUGGCAGCCCGAUGUCCCUGAAAGCCUCUGCUCGGUGUUCUCGGCGGUCGAGAUCGCACACAUCUUCUGCCAGGUGCAGGCGAUGCGUCUGUGCGCGCUGCUGCUGAUCUACCGUCUGAAGAUCCCCUUCGGGAUGCAUGACACACCUGCGCGAGCGAUCGCCAUCUCAAUCCUCACGCAGUUGCAAACCACACUGUCCGUAACAGGGAAGGCGGUCAAAUUCGCCAUGCUGCCCGUCCUGGUGGCCUGCGUCGAGCUGACGACCCAAACGGAACGAGACGGCUGGCUGUCGCAGGUUCCAGAGCUGGUCUGCUGCUCACGGGCGUAUGGCCUAUUCAUCCAAGGGGCUAUCCGGGCUUUCUGGACGGCCCGGGAUGCGGGGGUGGUCUUUCGAGGGUAUAAUAUCAGCCGUCUGGAUGCUCCAUCAAUGGCUCAGAUUCGGUGCCCAGUUGAAAGAGGCAGUAGAGGCGCUUCUGCUAGGCUUCAUGGUGCCGAUCGCGCGAUCACCCGUGAUCAGCUCUGCGGUAAGAUGGAUAUGGCGAUGGUUUCUAGGGUCAGGUAG